AUGUAUAGAUUAAUAACAACAAAUCCUUGGGAACAAGAAUAUCCUCAACUGAUUGAAGAAACAUUGGAAGAUGGUUAUGUGCUCAACUGUAAAUUUAACAAAAGAGGCACUUUACUUGCUGCAGGUUGCCUAGACGGAAGAUGCAUCGUUUGGGACUUUGAUACCAAGGGUGUAUCACGUAACUUGAUUGGACACGUUAAACCUGUGUCAAGUAUAAGUUGGUCUCGCAACGGCAAAUAUUUAUUAUCAGCAUCAAAGGAUUGGACUUGCAUCUAUUGGGAUCUGAUCACUGGGAAAAAGAAGUUAAAGAUAAGAUUUGAUACACCAGUCUUAAUGGCUCAUAUGCAUCCAAAGAACAAUCAUCGAUUUGUUGCCGUAUUAUUUCAAGACAAUCCGGUCAUUGUAGAUAUUUUAGGUCAAGAUAUAGUAAAAACAGUAUUACCCACAGAACCAGAUACAAAAGAAGAAAAGUCGCCAAAAAAUUCAUUUCUUGUCACAGCUGUUUCGUGGAAUAAAGCAGGCACACGAAUAUAUGCAGGGACGUCAAAAGGAUAUUUAAAUAUAAUCGACGUUGAAUCAAACAAGAUUACUUAUAGUACAAGAAUAACCAAUACAACCAUCAAAGGCAUUCAGUGGAGUAGGAAUGGACGUGAGUUACUCAUCAAUUCCAAUGAUCGAUCAAUACGAUAUUAUCAAAUAGAAGAUGAAGAUACAGGAAUACCUGUGUUCAGAGAAAGAUUUCAGGAUCUGAUCAAUAGAUCUCAAUGGAGUCAAACGUGUUUUAAUGCAGAUAAUGAAUGUGUUAUUGGUGGAUCAGGACAUAAAGCAGAACAUAAUAUUUAUAUAUGGGAUAGACAAGAAGGAAAUCUUAUAAAAAUAUUGGAAGGGCCUAAAGAACCAUUGGAUGAUUUAGCGUCACAUCCAGUCAAGCCUGUGAUUGCAUCUGUAAGCAGUUUUGGUAAUAUUUAUAUUUGGGCAACAAAACAUCAAGAGAAUUGGAGUGCAUUCGCGCCCGAUUUCAUUGAACUUCAAGAAAAUGUAGAAUAUGAAGAACAAGAAGAUGAAUUUGAUGUGAUGCCUGAUGCUGAAAAAACAAAACAAAAACAAGUAGAUGAGGAUGUCAUUGUUGACGUAACUACAUGUGAUACUAUACAGGCAUUUAUUGAAUCAUCUGAUGAAGAAGAGGAAGACGAAGUACUUUAUUUACCCAAUUUACCAUUUGAAGAUGAUAACAAUACCAGUCUAAGUAGUGAUGAAGAAUUUGCAAAAAGUUCUUUAAAGAAACACGCAGGCGAGUUAUUAAAGAAAAAGAAAAGACUUGAAUCGGAUGAAAACACAAGGCCAAAGAAGUCUAUAAAAAAAUAA